AUGUCACGAAUUAUUCUCAAGUCGUCAUUUGGUUUAGGCUCCCUCGGAAUCGCGUCCUAUUUUUGGAGUUUUGGUAAAUCAUCAAGCACUCCGUCUCCAACCUCCAAUCCUCCUGCUCCUUCGUCAAACUUACCAGGUCCACCAAAGCCCAACGGAAACACGGCAGUUUUUGAUCCAUCAUUAAUCAACCCUGAAGCUUUUUACAAAUAUGGUUUCCCAGGUCCAGUUCAUGAUUUAUCAAGCCAUUCUGAAUUUGUUAGUUGUUAUGAUAGAUCAAAACGGAAUCCAUAUUGGGUGAUUGAACAUCUUACCAAACAGUCGAUAACUCGUAAUUCAGAUUCAGGAGAUCGUAAGAAAUCAAUUUUUAAAGAAGAUGAAUCAAUUCCGGUUAAAUUUAGAAAUAAAUUGCGUGAUUAUUUCCGAAGCGGAUAUGAUAGAGGCCAUCAAGCACCAGCUGCUGAUGCUAAAUACAGUCAAUUGGCCAUGGAUGAAACUUUCUUGUUGACUAAUAUUUCACCACAAGUUGGUGAUGGAUUCAAUCGUGAUUAUUGGAGUCACUUUGAAGAUUUUGUUCGAAGAUUAACAAAUACUUAUGAUAAUGUCCGAGUCAUGACUGGUCCAUUGUAUUUACCAAAAUUGAUGCCGGAUGGAAAAUAUAGAGUUAGUUAUGAAGUUAUUGGAUCACCACCCAAUAUUGCUGUUCCAACUCAUUUUUUCAAAUUGAUUGUAGGCGAAAGAAAUGGUGAUGAGAAAAUUAGUUGUGCUGCUUUUGUAUUGCCUAAUGAUGUGAUUGAUAAUACCACUCCAUUGACUAACUUUCAAGUACCCAUCGACGCAUUGGAAAUUUCGACAGGGUUGGAGUUGUUGCAAAAAGUGCCAUAUUUCAAAAAGAAGGAUUUAUGUAAGGAUGUCAAAUGUGAGAUUGUUGUGAGAGAGUUUCCUAAGCAAGUGAACAAUGUGUUGGCCUUGCCUAGUGGGAAGUAG